ACACACAGCCAAAUCAAGCUAGUGACCACAUCAGCCUUCAGAGCUCCACCGGCUGAGAGACUGCUGGCUCAUCCAUCGAUAGCAUUUGUCACUGUCCUUCGCAGGGCUUAAAUAAUUCAAGCGUUUUAACGUUGUUAUAGUAUUCGGUCGUUUUCAGUUUGCUCGAAUUUUUGUUCCCUGUUGACAAUGGCCGAUCCUAAAUACGUAAACUUACCAGGAAUUGCAUUCAACGAGCCGGACGUGUACGAGACCGGUGACCUUCCAGAAGAUGACCAAGCUCAAUUUGAGUCGGAGGAGCUUUGCAGUGACAGUGUGGAGAGGAUUGUUGUCAACCCCAAUGCAGCCUAUGAUAAGUUCAAAGACAAGCAUGUCAGUGCUAAGGGACUUGACUUUUCAGACAGAAUCAGUAAAAGCAGGAGAGUUGGCUAUGAGUCUGGAGAAUUUGAAAUUCUCGGAGAAGGCUGCGGAGUGAAAGAGACGCCCCAACAGAAGUACCAGCGCUUGGUGAAUGAGAUCCAGGAACUCACUCAGGAGGUGGAUGCCAUCCAGGCUGCUGCGAAAGACAGUAACGCAGAGGAGCGGCUCACCCCGGUGGUGCUCGCCCAGCAGGCAGCACAGCUCAAACAGCAGCUGGUGUCUGCCCAUCUAGACUCACUUUUGGGGCCACAGGCACACAUCAAUCUGUCUGAUCCCGAUGGAGCUCUUGCCAGGCGUCUGCUCACCCAGCUGGAGGCAGCUAAGGGCAGCCGUGGCGGCCCAGCAGGAGACAGCAAACCGCCUGCUUCCACAAAGGGCCCAGAUGGAGUGGUACUCUACGAGUUACACAGCAGACCAGAGCAGGAAAAAUUCAAUGAAUCGGCCAAGAUGGCGGAAUUGGAGAAGCGUCUAGCUGAGUUGGAGAUGGCUGUUGGCUCAGGAUCAGACAAGCAGGGACCUCUGAAUGCUGGUGUACAAGGAGCCAGUUUGAUGGACACCAUAGAGCUCCUGCAGGCACGGGUCAGCGCACUGGACUCUGCUACUCUCGAUCAAGUGGAGGCACGGCUGCAGAGCGUUCUUGGGAAGAUGAACGAGAUUGCUAAACAUAAGGCAGCAAUCGAAGAUGCUGAAACGCAAAACAAGGUGUCCCAGCUGUACGACGUGGUGCAGAAGUGGGACACCGUGUCCACCUCCAUCCCCCAGGUGGUGCAGAGGCUCGUAGCCGUGAAGGAGCUCCACGAGCAAGCCAUGCAGUUUGGCCAGCUGCUGACCCACCUGGACACCACCCAGCAGAUGAUCAACAACUCUCUAAAAGACAACAACACUCUGCUAACACAGGUCCAGCAGACGAUGAAGGAAAAUCUUGUGGCCAUUGAAGAGAACUUCGGCGCACUGGAUCAGAGGAUGAAGAAACUUUCUAAAUAAACGGUCAAAGAGUUUGGGCUCGGUCCAUAAAGGCGCAGAAACAUGGACACUGAAGAGUUGGUUAGAGAGCUCAGAUGGGGGGGGGGGCUUUGUGGUUUAACGCUGUCCUUUCUGGCCAUCCCUCUCUUGCUCUCUACUUCUGCCUUUUUUCACUAAGUGGAAUGUUAGAAACUUGAAUAGAUGGAAUAACAAAAAAAAGGAGACCAAAUGAUCUUCAAACGUCCUCCCUCUUUACCGCUUCCUUUUCACUUGCAUCAAACCUUUAGCGGCCAUCUUUGCCCCCCCCCCCACGCACAUAAACCGAUUGCAGUCCACGGUUAAGCUCGCUGCGUUUUAGACCAGAUUGUUUUUAUCACCGCUUGUAUUAUUAGAUAAAGGAGAAUCUCCCUUUUCAUUUGGGGGUCCACACAAUUACUGGAUUUGAAUUGUAUGUUGGCCAGAUUUAAACGGAUCACGAUAAUUUGGGGGUGCAAGAUCACACAUAUACACACUUUGGUUUGAUUUAGAACAACAACGAUCAUCAGCAUGCGCUGCCCUUUUCUUGUCGUAGCAGGAGCUGAUUGGUCCGGGAGUCAGGGUCUGGGAAGGAAAGCUUGUAAAUAUGCCUGUAUACCUUAUUGUUUCUUCACACUCAGUCGCCUGUAACUAUAUUAUUAUGACUGAGAUGCCACAGACAAACUUUUAAUCUGCUCUGUCAUUGCCUAAAAGUGUGCGGUUCGUCUGUGGUCACCGAAGCUGAUCAAUAAAUAAAGUGCGCAAAGCCGG